CCAAACCCUAAAGUUUGUGGGACGGCAACAUUAAUCCAUCGUGCUGUGUAGAACGCAGCAGGCGUAACUAACGACUCCGUACACAGUAAGCAAGCGAGAGAGUCAUCUCUUGUCACAGAAGAUCAUCGCAGCAGCUCUGCCGUUUUUGCCUGCCGUACUUUUGCCCGACCAGCCUCGCCUGCCUUCGGUCAAAAGUCGUUAUUUGCACGCUGCCGCAGCAUUGCUUCAGACAGUAACACGUCUCGAAGCAAGUCGACUCCGCGAACCGUCAACAUGGCAACUCUGGCAUCUGCUGCCCGCGAUAUCGCGAUGACCUCCGGCCGAGACAACUUAACUGCUGUAGCGGCCCGGAGCGUCCCUGUGACGAACCACCCGACCACCCUUCCGACCCCGCCGAAUUCCAUCUCGCCCUCGCUGCCCCCGCACGGGCUGAAGGCCCAGCUGCAACGGGCCCGCCUCGAUUCGAUCGACUCGGACCUGGAUCUGCUGGAUGGCGGGGACGAUCACCACCACCGCGCUAGGCUCGGGUCGCCCCCGUACGACUCGGCCGGCGCCAUCACCCCGGCCAUGCUGGCCAAGUUCCACCUGCCGGAGAUCCUGCUGAACCAUGGCCCGCUGCCCAUCCGCCAUCUGAUGGGCUACCUCACCACCUCAGUCCCGGGCUUCGCCGGCAUCCCGCCUGCCAAGGCCCGCAGACUGGUCGUGGGAGCCCUGGAGGGGAAGGGGGGCGGCAACGGCGGUGGUGGACUGGAUGGUGACGUUGAGUUCGUGAAGGUCGGCUGGGGCCGGUGGGAUGCGAAGCGACGCGGGCAGCCCGCUCGCGAUGCGCCGUCGCGCCGCGCAUCGCCGGGUGCCCACCCGAACAGCAUACCCAUCAGCAGGACCCCCGGGUGGAGCACGGACCGGUCACGACCCGGCCCUCCGCUGGGGUCGAGCCUGGGCGGCUUUUCGUCCGCCGCCUAUUCGCACGACGACCGGUUCACGGACAUGGACAUGAUGGACCACGAAGCCGACAAGAUGUCGUUAGACGGGUCCGCGUCCGCCUCGUGCUCCGAGGCGCCCGACGACGACGACGACGACAUGAGGCGGCGCGAUGACGACCCGGAUGACGCGACCGACGACGAGGACUGGGCCGCCGUCGGCGCGGCCGCGCUCCGCGCUUCGUCGUACCAAGCCCGCUCCAACCAACAUCCCUUUCCUUUCAACACUGUAUAUACUUCGGGCGCCGGAAGCGGGACCGGCAUGCGCUCGUUUUCGGCCGGCAUGGCGCGUCCGCCGCAGCUGCGUUCGCCGAACUUCGACCUCCCGCCCUCGGCGUUGGGCGCCGUUACCUCCGACGCACAGGAGCGCGAGGCUGUGGAGGCGCUUCUUCGUCUCGGAUCUAUGUAAUACACGCUACUCACACCAACACCCACAUCAACCAACCACACUGCAUGGCAUCGGCUCGGCGUUUUCAACAAAGGGGCGCGGCGUU